GGCACGUGUAUGUAAUCCAUUACCAUUCUAUCCCAUCAUAAGGAAAAUGGCCGAAGAGAUAUUCAAAAAUGAUAUAGUGGCAGGGGACCAUAUAUCGUACAUGAAGUUCGCCCUUUCUUUAGCCUCUAAAUCCCCGCCGAAGCCUACCAACUAUCGGGUCGGAGCCGUUGUGGUGAACGCAGCCACGAACGAGAUAUUAGCAACUGGCUACACACUAGAACUUCCAGGGAACACACAUGCUGAAGAGUGUUGUCUUGAGAAGAUUUCAGAGAGGCACGGUGUGCCCACAAGUCGCCUAGAUGAAGUGCUCCCUGAAGAAACCAUACUUUACACGACAGUUGAACCAUGUUCUCAAAGGCUCAGCGGCAACUUGCCAUGCGUGGAUAGACUAUUGGCUAUAGGGAACAGGAUCAAAACCGUCUACGUCGGAGUUUACGAACCAGAAAAGUUCGUAAGUGGUAAUUCCAGCAAGCAGAAGCUAGAGAAUGCUGGCAUUGAAUUUAUUCACGUUGCCGGGCUUGAGAAGGAAAUACUAGAAGUUGCGACAGCGGGCCAUGAGAAAUCUACGUAGUGGAAGAGCACAUCAACCCAUUUCAGAGAGGAUAAGAUGGUUUUCAUGUUGUCUUAAACCAUAUCGAUGUCUCGCAUUUCAUUCAAUUGUGGUUUAGAGCUUGACCCCGUUGAUGACCCCUUAUUCCUUUUGAGAUUUAGUGCUCCGUAUUUCUCCGUUGAAGAAGCCUUGAUUUGUGAUUUGUUUUCUACUUGAGUAAAUUUGCCAACCUACCAGCUUAUUAGGGAUAAUUCCUCAACCUGGU